UUCUCUGCCAGUAAUCAAUCUUCCUCGAUUUCUCUGCUCCCCUCUCCUCCUCCGCCGGCGGCCGCCGCCGCUGCCACCAAAUAUCCGGUGAUAUCCUUCCAGUUGUCGGAUCCGGAUCCUACUCGCUUGGAUCCACUUCAGCUUGAGGCCCUCUAUUAGCUGAAUAAGGUGAAGCAAAUAUGCAGCAGGGGAGCGAUAAACCGACGAACUUUCCUGGAAGACCUGCUGCACCCUUUUCAAAUCAUCCACAAAGUUCUACACCUUUCAGAUCUUCUGGUCCUCCAGUUGGUUUUGUAGCACCAGGCACUCUGCAAACACCAAUGCCAUUCUCAACAUCUGGGCCCUUGGCUGUCCCAGAAUCAUCUGGUUUUAGGCCUCCUCAACCUCCGUUUGUUAGUUCAAAUGGACCAUUGGGUCCUCCACCAUCAUCUCACCUCUCACAAAGUUCAAUUACUCAACCACAACCACAACCACAACCUCCUAGAUUUCCUCCAACUGGCCAAGCUAUACCUCUACGAGGUCCUCCACUAGGUCCACCAGCUGCCUCCCCUCCUGGAUCACUUCAUUCCCAGGCCCAGGUUCCUGCAGUUCCAGCAGGCAUUCCGUCCCAAACUGUAAACCUAGUACCUCCUAGAGGUAACAUUCCCCCUCCACUAACUGAGUCACAAUUUGCUGCAACUAGACCACCUUUACAGGCACCAGUAUACAGAAAUCCUAGUACCAUUCCAAGAGCUAGUGUGUACCAGCCACCGACUGAUUCACAGUUCACUGCUCCAAGACCGGCUUCCCAACCACCUCUACAGGCUUUUCCAACUACGUAUAUUCCUGCAGUGCAACCUCCUUUUCACUCUUACCAACAAGGGGUCAUGCCACCACCUCCACCAUCUACAGGAGUUCCUUUUGGCUUUACUACUAGAGGACAAAUGCAGUACCCUAGUGCCGGACCUCCUAUAGGAGGUGGCCUUCAAGGUCUUGUAGAGGAUUUUCAGUCAUUAUCUGUUGGGUCUGUUCCUGGGUCGCUUGAUGCCGGAAUUGAUCCAACAUCUCUGCCAAGACCGUUAGAUGGUGAUAGGGAGCCAACCUCCAUUCUUGAGACAUACCCUUUAAACUGUCACCCUAGAUUUUUUAGACUGACUACUCAUGCAAUACCAAGUUCUCAAUCUUUGCUUUCUAGGUGGCAUUUGUCACUUGGCGCCAUAGUUCAUCCUCUGGCAGAAGCGCCUGACGGGGAAGAGGUACCAAUUGUAAAUUUUGGAGCAGCAGGUGUCAUAAGAUGUAGGAGAUGCCGAACGUAUGUGAACCCAUAUGUGGCUUUCACAGAUGCAGGAAGGAAGUGGCGCUGCAACCUUUGCAGUUUACUUAAUGAUGUUCCUGCAGAGUAUAUGUGUGGUCUAGAUGCCACUGGCAGGAGAUUAGAUAUAAAUCAAAGGCCUGAGCUUUGUAAGGGAAGUGUAGAAUUUGUUGCUCCAACUGAGUAUAUGGUGCGACCUCCAAUGCCGCCACUGUACUUUUUCCUUAUUGACGUUUCAGUAACUGCUGCUCGAAGUGGUUUGCUUGAGGUUAUCGCCAAAACGAUAAAGUCUUGUCUCGAUGAGCUGCCUUGCUUUCCUAGAACACAAAUUGGCUUCUUAACUUUUGAUAGCACAUUACAUUUCUAUUGUCUGAAGUCUUCUUUGGUACAGCCUCAAAUGAUGGUGGUAUCAGAUCUCGAUGAUAUAUUCUUACCCUUGCCUGAUGAUCUUCUUGUAAAUCUGUCUGAGUCAAGGAAUGUUGCGGAUGCAUUCCUAGAUAGCUUACCCAGUAUGUUCCAGGAUAAUACAAAUGUAGAAUCUGCCUUUGGCCCUGCUCUAAAAGCUGCACUCAUGAUUAUGAGUCAACUUGGUGGGAAACUGCUGGUAUUUCAGAGCACUUUACCUUCUCUGGGUGUUGGCCGCCUAAGAUUGCGUGGUGACGAUCUUCGUGUAUAUGGAACUGAUAAAGAACAUACCUUAAGGGUUCCUGAAGAUCCAUUUUACAAGCAAAUGGCUGCUGAAUUCACAAAGAAUCAAAUAGCAGUGGAUAUAUAUGCUUUUAGUGACAAGUAUUCUGAUAUAGCCUCUUUAGGAUCUCUUGCCAAAUAUAGUGGUGGCCAGGUGUAUUACUAUCCAUCUUUUCAGGCAUCCAUUCACGGGGAAAAGUUAAGACAUGAGUUGGCGAGAGAUAUCAAUCGGGAAACAGCUUGGGAAGCUGUGAUGCGCAUUAGAUGUGGAAAAGGUGUGCGUUUUACGACCUACCAUGGGCAUUUUAUGCUAAGGUCUACAGAUUUAUUAGCUCUUCCUGCCAUAGACUGCGAUAAAGCCUUUGCAAUGCAGUUAUCUUUGGAAGAUACCUUGAUGACAACCCAAACAGUGUACUUCCAAGUAGCCCUUCUAUAUACUUCCUCUUCAGGUGAAAGACGUAUUAGAGUUCAUACAGCAGCUGCACCGGUUGUAACAGAGCUUAGUGAAAUGUACCGUCAAGCUGAUACUGGCGCCAUUAUCUCGCUGUUAAGUAGGCUUGCAAUUGAAAACUCCUUGGCCCAUAAGCUGGAGGAUUCCCGCCUUCUUAUUCAGUUGAAGAUUGUGAAGGGCCUUAAGGAAUAUCGCAACCUCUACGUGGUGCACCAUCGUUUGGGUGGGCGACUAAUCUUUCCAGAGUCUUUGAAAUUCUUGGCAACAUAUGCAUUAUCUCUUUCCAAGUCUGUAGCGCUUCGUGGUGGAUAUGCUGAUGCUUCUCUAGAUGAACGAUGUGCUGUUGGUUAUAGCAUGAUGAUUUUACCUGUAAGCAGGAUGCUUAAACUUCUAUACCCAAGCUUGCUUAGAGUGGAUGAGCACCUCAUCAAGGCGUCAGAUGAUUUUGAAGAGACCUCAAGUUCAUUAGCUUUAACUGCACAUAGUUUAGACCCUAAAGGCUUGUACGUUUACGAUGAUGGAUUCAACUUCGUUAUUUGGUUUGGCAGCGCUCUGCCAUCUGAUUUGACCAAUAAUAUCCUAGGGAAUUUCUCUGCAUUCCCUGAUUUAUCUAAGGUUACUCUUUGCGAGCAGGACAACAAUGUCUCCAGAAAAUUGAUGAGGAUUCUAAAUAGAUUGAGACAGAAAGACCCUUCCUAUUACCAGCUAGCUCAUAUAAUAAGGCAAGGUGAGCAACCGAGAGAGUCUUCCUUGCUUCUCUCCAAGCUCGUUGAGGACCAGACUGCUGGAACCAGCAGUUACCUAGAUUGGAUUCUUCAAAUACACCGUCAAUUGCAAAAUUCUUAAAAGUCUAGCAAGGUGAUAAAACUAUUUUCAGCUUGAAAGAAGCGAAUUUUUCCCCAGUUCUGAGAAGGAAUAGCCAAGCGUUGAUCAAAGCGAUGCACGCCUUUGGCAGCUAAUGCUGAUGUUUAAUUUUGUGAAUUUUGUCUAUAAAAGUUCGGUGAUAUUUUUAAUACCCUAGUGAAGUAGUUAUUGUAUCCUAAUUAGAAUUGCUCAUACUUACUUUUGUGAGUUUUGUCUAUAAAGUUUGGUAAAAUUUUCAACACUAUCGAAUAGCUAUUGUAUUCUGAUAAGAAUUUUAGUUGAAUUAUUCGGUUUGUGCCUAGAAACAAAGAGUCAGUAAUGUAUUCUCUUUCUUCAGCAGUAAGAUCCUUUUUGCUCUUUAGGUUUA